UAUCAAUAGAAUUAAUUCCAGACAAAUUAUCUUUUUGAAGACUAGGCAGCAUGGUCUCCGACCUUAGCCUGUUCCAAACGGAACAAACGUACUAAAAAAAAAAAAAAAAAUCAAUAGAAUUAUUCAUUAAAUAAUUUAAAUUUAUUUUACUGUUUACGCUAUUAACAAACAACUUUUUUUGUCCACAUCCUUACACUACAAUCAUACUGAAGAGGAAUGUUCUAACUAUCGCAUAUUGUUAAUCGUGAACUAUUCCAAUAUGUAUUCUAUAAAAAACCGGAGUCAAUCCGAAGAUCAAAUUGAUAGAACCACCGCACAUAUUAAGAGCGAGUUUGAUUCGAAUUCAGUUGUAAAUAAUAUACAGGAAACUAAUAAUUUACAUGUUUCUGAUAUUAAAUUAGAAAUCGAGACGUCUCCAUGCAAAAUAGAAGGGCAUACUUUACAGGAGCGAAUUUCAGAAGAAUUCCAAUAUGAUUUGGAUGGAAUUGUAAAAACGGAAUAUGAUGUUGCCAAUAUAUCUUCAGACAUUAACCAUAUAUUUUUUGAUAAGGAAAAUAAUUACAUGGACCUUUAUGAGAUAGAUGUAGUAAAAGAGGAAUUGGUUGAUGAACCUACUGUUGUAAACACACAGCUGUCGGGUACUGAACGCCAGUUACUUAAAAAGACGAAGUCUGAAAAUGUUUUAUCUAAUGGGAGUAAUAUUUACAAUACUACAGGCGAGAAAGUUGAGUCAGAUAAAUUACACUCGUCUGAUAUGUGCCAAGAUGUUUUCAGUUCCCAUAAUAGUUUAGAAGGUCAUAUGGAAGUUCAUAUUGGCCAUAGACAAUGUCCCAAAGAUUAUUUACAUGUUCAUGCUAGAGAAAAGCCAGGUUACUAUAUCUGUGAUGUUUGUAGGAAACGUUUCAAAAGUAAAUCAGCAUUGAUACUUCACAUUAACGUUUUACACAUUGGUGAAAAGACGUACCACUGUGAAGUGUGUAAAAACUCUUUUUCUAGAAAAUCCCAAUUGGUAACCCAUAUGUAUACACAUACUGGUGAGGUUCCAUAUAGUUGUAGUGUUUGUGAAAAAUGUUUUAGAACGAAGCCAGGCUGGAAACAGCAUAUGGCGAGUCACACUGGUGAAAAACCAUAUGGUUGUGAAGUAUGUAAAAAAUAUUUUAAGACAAAACAAGAUUUGGAACAACAUUUGGAAAUCCACAAUGCUGGCUCACCGUAUACAUGUAAAGUCUGUAAAAAACGUUUCAAAACAAAGAACAGUUUGAAGCAGCACUCGAUAUGUCACACCGAUAACAGGUUACAUGGCUGUGAUGUGUGUAAAAAAUAUUUUGGAAGGAAACAUGAAUUAAGACGCCAUCUGUUCAUACACACCGGUGAAAAGCCGUACAGCUGUGAUGUGUGUAAGAAAAGUUUUUAUCGAAAUACACAUUUGAGAAGACACAUGUAUAUACAUACCGACGAGAAACCGCACCAUUGUGAUGUGUGUAAAAAAUAUUUUGCUACGAAGCAUGACAUGAAAUUACACUCAUACGGUCACACCGGUGAAAGGCCAUACAAAUGCGACGUGUGUAAAAAGUCUUUUCUGACAAGUACGCAUAUGAAGAAACACAAGUGUAUGUUUACUGGAAAGUCAUACAUUUGUGAAGUGUGUAAAGAAUCUUUUUUAACAAGUAAAGAAAUGAAAAAACACACGCACACACACAUAGAGAAGUCAUACAGUUGUGGUGUGUGUAAAAAAGGUUUUGACACAAGUUUGCGUUUGGAAAAACACAUAUGUAUCAAUACAGGCGGAUGGCGUAUUGACUGGUGGAGGACAUGAUAGUCUAGAAGUAUUCAGGGAUGGGGAUAUGGAAACUGGCUGGAAAUUAGAAAAAAAAACUUUUUCUUAUAUCUGUAAUAAUAAAAGGGAUUCUUCUGUUUAA